AUGAAAACUCAAUCUACCAUUCAUGGGUUUUUUAAAAGAAAGCAUGCUAGUUCUUCUUCUCAAUAUCCCGAAGAAACAACAAAUGUAGAUAAUACCCUUGCAUCUAGUAUUCCGCCUAUUGAAAACCCUUGCAAAAAAGCUCAAAUUGAAAGUAAUGAUAUUGAUCUGGGUACACUAGAACGAGACCCUGCUUUGCGUCAUAAAAUUUAUGAUUAUCCUAUCAAUCAACAAGAUACAAUUCGACGAGCUUACAUGAAUCUUGGUCCUCUUCAACCUACACUUUCUAUGUUUCCAAAAUCUGGACUAGAAAGUCAUAAGCGUAGCUUUCAAGCUUCUUGGUAUAAGUUACAUCCCUGGAUUGAAUAUUCAAAGACUUUGGAUGCAGCAUUUUGUUUUCCUUUUUUUUUAUUUAACAAGCCAUCUGGGCUCGGAUACUACGGUCAACGAGCAUUUACCACAGAUGGGUUUCGAAAUUGGAAAAAGGUGGGUGGGAAAAAAUGUGGCUUUUUGAUGCAUAUGGGAACCGAUUGUACAUCUUUCCACAAUGUUACACAAAAGGGAUGGGAUCAUUUAUCUAAUGAGGCACAAGAUAUACGAAAUGUAUUUGAGAAGUUCACAACUGAAGAGCAUGAGAAAAACAAAUUGAGAUUGACGACUUCUAUUUAUUGCGUCCGUUGGUGUGCCUUUCAAGCAGUUGCAUUUAGAGGCCAAAACGAAAAGUCCGAUUCCAUUAACAGAGGAAAUUGUGGAAGAGUUCAAGGUCGCGAAAGAUAG